CGGCGAUUAAAACCAGCACCAGUGCGAGACAGCGUGUGGAUGCUCAGGAAUAAUUUGAGGUUUGUGGCCGUGGUUUCUCAUUCCAAAAAGGUUUUUUCCCACUAUUUCCCAUGUUUUGUGUCUUUCAGCAAUUUAAUGAAUGCGUAAGUGCUGGCGGAAAUCACGGAGCAGGGGGAAUCUGCGCAGCAGGAGGAAAUUCAACAAGUGGUGCUGGUGGAUUUUAAUUGAGGAAAGUACGCCGACUGUCUCGUCCACCGCGUCCUCACGGCGGCCCUCGACCUCGCCGAACCACCCGCACGAACCCCCGACGAACUCAGCCAGCUCGCCAACUUCUGCAACGGCCAAACUGGCCGGCGAUUCCAGCUCGCUGCUCUACUUCAAAAACUACCUCAGGAAGGCCAAGAGCAUCGAAACGACUGCCGCCGUCUCGGACAUUGGCCAGCAUCUGCUCGAGCUGGUGCUGAUCACCACCGGGCACGUCUGCAAAGUUAGCUACAAGCAACUCGCCAAGGUGGCGGACUUAAAGCUGACCGAGGACACCAAACCGUUCCGGCACUGCAUGCUGCUGCCCAAGUACCGCAAGAUCGGGCCCGCCGAGCUGCGGCUGUUUUCCAAGGUGCGCGUCACCGUGCAGCUGGUGAAGGAGGUGGUCAAGGUGACGAGCGUGCCGCCGCCACUAGCGUAGAUGCAGAGCAAGGAAUCGUCGGUAGAAGCGCGAGCGGCGGAUUUCGGAAGUAAAAAAGAAUCGACGAAGAUGAUUCCUUCCAGUUUCUAGGCUAUUAGAAUCAGCACCACUGCAAGACACCGUGUGGAUGUUCCGGAACAAUUUGAGCAAUUUAAGGAAUGCGUGAGUGCUGGCGGAAAUCACGGAGCAGGGGGGAUCUGCGCAGCAGGAGGAAAUUUGGCAAGUGGUGCUGGUGGAUUUUAAUUGAGGAAGAAUAAUCAUUACUCUACGCUAAAUCUGCUGCUGGAGUUUGGCGCGCAAAAGGACACAUCCAGCAGAUUAUUGAAAAAACGGUAUAAUUGACACUACACAAAAAGCUCCAGGCCAAACUGCAGAUUCCGGCUAAUUGGAACAAGAUUCUUCACAUGCGUAGUGACGGGACGUCAGUGAAUUGAACGCAAUCGGUGCCGGGUAGUCUCCAGCGGAUUGUCACUUGACUUAACGAAUGCUGGCACCAGAACGAGCACCAAAUUCGCAUCGGACGAUCCUCGUGCUGGGUGCGAUGCCGAGCAUCAUACAUGCUAAAGAUGCUGAUACCGGUCCUGGCGGAGAGCCGAUCCCACAACGAGUAACCGGAGCAGAUCUUACAUGCUUCCGCAUCAAACAAGCCUGUUAUUCCGGAACCACAAUUAUGAACUAUUUAUAUGUAAAUGUACACGUUAUGAGAUUGUGAACAAAAAUUGUUUAAUAUGCUUUUUU